GCAUACAGCAACUCGUCUUCAUCCCGGCCAUCAGUCCUCGCUUCUUUCUCUCGAGUUAGUUGACACUAAAGCACACAGUACACGCUGGGAAGACUGGCAGAGCAGGACGCGAAGAUGGCUAAUAAGCUUGCCGCUCUGAUCGCCGUAAUAAUCUCGCUGCUCGGCUCCGUGUCGUGCCAAGCGAGCUACGGUUACGGCUAUGGCGGCUACGGCGGCGGCAAUCCCACCCCGCCGCCACCGUCGUCUUAUCCUCCUACUAGCCCGAGGCCGCCCACUUAUCCUCCGACCACCCCUAGCCCACCUGCCGCAGGGCUGAGGGUCGGAUACUACGACGACAAGUGCUCCGGGGCGGAAGCCAUCGUGAGGGAGGCCGUGCGCGGCGCCGACGCCGGCGUCAAAGCAGGGCUCGUCCGUAUGUUCUUCCACGACUGCUUCGUCCGGGGCUGCGACGCCUCGGUUCUGCUCAAGCCGACCGAAGCCAACCCGCAGCCGGAGAUGCUCGGCAUCCCGAACCUGAGCCUGCGUGGCUUCGAGGUGAUCGACAAGGCCAAGGCGGCGCUCGAGAAGAAAUGCCCUGGUAUCGUGUCCUGCACCGACAUCCUCGCCUUCGCCGGCCGCGACGCCAGCUACUUCCUCAGCAGCUACGCGAUCGACUUCAAGAUGCCCGCGGGCCGCUACGAUGGAAACGUGUCCCUCGCAAGCGAGACCCUCGCCAACCUGCCCCCGCCGUUCGCCGACGUCAAGCAGCUCAAGGACAUGUUCGCCGCCAAGGGCCUCGACACCGUCGACAUGGUCGUCCUCUCCGGCGCGCACUCCAUCGGCCGCUCCCACUGCUCGUCUUUCUCCGGCCGCCUCCCGCCCAGCAACACCUCGGACAUGGACCCCACGCUCGCCGCCAAGCUGAAGGGUGACUGCGUGUCGCCGAACGGCGCAGACAACACGGUGAUGCAAGACUACAAGACCCCCAACGAGCUGGACAACCAGUACUACCUGAACGUGCUCAACCACAAGGUGCUCUUCGCGUCGGACGCCGCGCUCCUCAAGGCGACGGACACGAUGCGGCUGGUGUACGCCGCCGCGGCCUCUCAGAAGCUGUGGCAGUACAAGUUCGGGGAAGCCAUGGUGAAGAUGGGCGGCAUCGAGGUCAAGACCGCCGCCAAUGGGGAGAUCAGAAAGAUGUGCGGCUUCGUCAACAAGGCGUAUUGAUCAGGUUGAUCAGACGAAUCAUCGCGCAUGCUUCUUGAAUCCCCGCCUGAGAUUGAGAAUUAUUAAGGUCCUACGUACCUUUGUGUACUAUUUGAGUUUCUUUUUCUUUUUAUUUUCAACACCUUCGGUUCUUUACCUUUUCCCCUACUGUUGCCUAAUUAUUCUGUUGCAUACUUUUAUGCUGCAAAUUUGAUUUGUAUACCAUAUUUUAAACUUGUGACCUGGUGGCACAAAUUCUCACAUCCAAAUUUAAGUAUGCAUGGAGCCA